AUGUCUGAGGACAGGUCUGAGAGAGCGGACGGCAAGAUUGUGAAGAUGGAGAUCGAUUAUAGCGCCACUGUGGAUCAGCGGCUCCCCGAGUGCGAGAAAAUGGCGAAAGAAGGGAAGCUUCAGGAAGCCGUUGAAAGCCUGCUGUCUUUGGAAAAACAAACAAGGACGGCGUCAGAUAUGGUGUCCACAUCCAGGAUCUUGGUGGCCAUCGUGCAGAUGUGCUAUGAGGCUAAAGACUGGGACGCCCUCAAUGAGAACAUCAUGCUGUUAUCCAAGAGAAGGAGUCAGCUGAAACAAGCUGUUGCCAAGAUGGUGCAGGAAUGUUACAAAUAUGUGGACGAAGUUAGUGAUCUGACUUUAAAACUGAGGCUCAUCGACACACUCAGAACGGUCACUGCUGGAAAGAUCUAUGUGGAGAUUGAGCGUGCCAGACUCACAAAGACGCUGGCCAGCAUUAAAGAGCAGAGUGGGGAGGUGAAGGAGGCAGCUUCCAUUCUCCAGGAGCUUCAGGUGGAGACUUAUGGUUCCAUGGAGAAGAAGGAGAAGGUGGAGUUCAUUCUGGAGCAGAUGAGGUUGUGCAUAGCUGUCAAAGACUACAUUCGCACACAGAUCAUCAGCAAGAAGAUCAACACCAAGUUCUUCCAGGAAGAGGGUACUGAGGAGUCUAAGCUGAAGUACUACAACCUAAUGAUUCAAGUUGAUCAACACGAAGGCUCUUACCUCUCUAUAUGCAAACACUACCGGGCCAUUUAUGACACUCCCUGCAUCCUGGAGGACAGCUCCAAAUGGCAGCAGGCCUUGAAGAGUGUUGUUCUGUAUGUUGUUCUAUCACCAUAUGACAACGAACAAUCUGAUCUGGUUCAUCGAAUCAGCGCAGACAAGAAACUGGAAGAAAUUCCCAAAUACAAGGAUCUCCUGAAGCAGUUCACCACCAUGGAGCUCAUGCGCUGGUCCUCCCUGGUGGAGGACUAUGGGAAGGAACUGCGCGAGGGCUCAGCGGAGAAUCCCGCCACAGACGUCUUCACUUACUCGGAGGAGGGAGAGAAGAGAUGGAUGGACCUGAAAAAUAGAGUGGUGGAGCAUAACAUAAGAAUUAUGGCCAAAUAUUAUACAAGAAUCACAAUGAAGAGAAUGGCUGGACUUCUCGACCUAUCCAUUGAUGAGUCUGAGGAGUUCCUGUCUAACCUGGUGGUGAACAAGACCAUAUACGCCAAAGUGGACCGGCUUGCUGGUAUCAUCAACUUCCAGAGGCCCAAAGACCCCAAUGAUCUGCUGAAUGACUGGUCACACAAACUGAACUCUCUCAUGUCGCUUGUGAACAAAACUACCCACCUCAUCGCAAAAGAGGAGAUGAUCCACAAUCUGCAGUAGUCAUGGCAAUCCAUCCUCGAGCUCAGGAUUUCACUGGCUGACUUAGAUACUUUUUUUUGUCUUCACCUUCAAACCUCUUUGUAUAGGGGUGGAAAUAAAUAAAUAACCAUGUCCUUAUUUUGUAGAUACCCCAACAGUUUGCAAGAUUGGAAUCAUUUUGGGGUUAAAGUGUUUUUGUUGGAAAAUGCAUCUGGGCUCUAGGUUUCGUUUACAGAUUUUAUGUACUGUAACUGAAAUCAGCACUGUUUGUCAGGUACUAACAUUCUGGACUGGACGUUCAUCGAAGGGUCAGAGCGUAGGUUAGGAUCUGUAUGCGCAGCAGAUCUGAUUUUGGAGCAGUGCUUGUUUAUUUGAAUACUUCAGUGAUGCAUUAAUCCUGCUUGCUCUAAAUGUUGGGUUUCUGGAUGCAGACAUUGCAUGGCCCUGGACUCCAUGAAACCUGUUAAUUGGUUAAAUUUCACUGGCAGUGUGUUGUCUAUAGGCAAUUCAUUUUAAAUUUGACCUCAUACUCGUAGAGGUUCAUGGCUAUGAUGCAUAAAUAUUAUUCUCUUCAGUAAAUGGUUAAAAAAUCGGUUGCAUUUUUUUCCUCCUCAUGCCUGCUAAGAAUUUUUUGAGUCCUUUGCGAUAUACACAUUAAACCUUUCUUUUGAAUAUACCAGUGUUUUUAUUCUUCUUACUGCUGAUUGUUUUGUUAUGAUGUAAAUUCUACGUUUUGUAGUAAUCCUAUUGGGAAAUUUUGUUUUCAAUUAAUAAAAAUAGCUUUUAUUUA